AUGGCGAUGCGGCACACUAGAUUCAAUAUGAACGAGCUGGCAAAGCGUGCUGCAGAAGCGGCCGGCGAUGCACAUACACAAUGCGUACAAGUUGAAAAAUUUUCGGACGGAAUGUUCAAUAAAUCUUUUCUUUUUACAAUGCAGGAUGGCACACAGGUUGUGGGUAAAGCCCCAAACCCGAACGCCGGGCUUGCGCACUACACGACUGCUAGCGAAGUGGCCACAAUGGAUUUUGUCCGGAAUAGACUGGGCACACCGGCGCCAAAAGUGCUAGCUUGGAGCUCGAAGGCGAAAGAAAAUCCCGUAGGCGCCGAGUAUAUUAUAAUGGAGAAGAUUGCAGGAGUCCAGCUUGAAGAAAUUUGGCCAAAGUUGGAUAUCAAAGACAGACUCGAGGUCGUGAAAGCUAUUUCAGGAUACCAAAAAUCAUGGAUGUCCACUUCUUUCGCUCAGUACGGAAGCCUAUAUUACUCAUCCGAUAUUUUUGAAAAUUCCGAAGGAUGCUCUCUUAUCGGAGAGAAUGAAUCCGAAACCCGAGAGCCUCGUUUCGCGGUCGGUCCCUCGACAGGUCGAGAAUUCCUCGAUGAUGGAAGAAUGGAAUUGAACUUUGACCGAGGCCCGCGGAGCAGCGCGGAACAAUAUAAAACGGCGAUUGGUCUCCGGGAGCUUAUUUGUGUACAGGAAAUCACCAAGCUGCCACAGUCAUCAAUAUCACUUUAUGGUCCCGGCACAUAUUACCCUUCUCGCUCACAAAAAGUAGCCGCGCUAAACACCUAUCCUCGCAUGCUAAAAUUUCUUCUACCAACUGACACAUCAAUCUCAUCCUCUUUUUUAUGGCACCCUGACCUUCACGCCGAGAAUAUAUUUGUUACCCCUGAAAGGCCGUGGCAGGUACUGGGCAUCAUCGAUUGGCAAUCAAGCGAACUUCUGCCGCUCUUUGAUCACGCUCGCCAGCCAUAUCUCCUCGACCACGAUGGCCCUCCUAUAAGCGGUAUUGAUCCCCCAGCGUUUCCGCAGAAUUAUGACCAGCUAGAUUCUGCAGAGCAAGAUAAAGCUCAGAGUCUGUAUUUAAAGAUGUCGCUCGCAGCCUUAUAUAGAAGAUAUACUUACACCACCAACGAAAGACUCUACAAAGCUAUGGAGUUUCGAGAGACCACUAGUUUUGACAUGAUGUUACUGGCCCAAAACCUUCUGAUCGACGGGGAGGCACUUUAUCAAUCUAGGGUGCUUGAUCUAGAAGGCGAAUGGUCGAGCCUCCCAGGUGUCCAAGCUUAUGGAAAUCCACCAUUUCCAGUACAGCUAUCAGCUGACGAGGCUGCUUCGAUUGAGCAAGACGUCUCUGGUUCUAUCAAAGGUAUGGAGCUAAUGCGCGACUUGAGGAAGCUGUUGGGUGAAGCAUGGCCUGAGAAAGGUGUUGUACCGCACGAUCAAUACGAUCAAGCUAAAGCGCUUUUGAAACAGGCGAAAAUGGAGACGAUUGGGCGAAUGGCACAUUCUGAGGAUGAGCGAGUCGCUUGGAGCAAGUCAUGGCCGUUUGACGAUUGA